AUGAACGGUCCUACCAGAGCCAAUCACACGAGUGUGGUGGCAUGGCUGGGGGUGCUUCUGAUGUUGUUCGAAGCCGUCACGCAAGCAUCCGAAGCAAGGGAUCAAGUGGAAACGCUUCAAGUAAGAGCCGAUGAAAUGAUUAUCGAUAUUGUAUUUGCGAUUUUAACAGAAAUUAUUUUGUCGUCGCUUCCGUUUCCUUUUUUCAGUUAGAGCUCUUUAAGAUUAUGAUGAACUAUUUUUAGGAAUUGACGGCCAAAAAAUGCUUUGCGGGGUAUGAAUGUUGGAGAGCGGAGCCAGUUACGGACGAGGGAUUACCAUUCAAUUUAAUGAGUAAGUCCAAUGAUCUGUGCAAACGACACUUUCAGACCGAUUCCACAAGCGUCUUGACAUUGGCAAUGGGCGACGUCAACGAGGAGGUAAGGCUAUUUAUGUCUCCAUGGCUAUCUUCCCACAGUGUUUUGCGACCAUGACUACAUUUAUAUGCAUAUUCCCGGACAAAAUCGGAAUUCGGUAUAAUGUGUCAUAAAUGUACGGGGAAAUAUCUUUAAUUCUAGGGUGGUAAAUGGUUUUUGCGUUUUUGGAUUUCAAAAAUUCGGGCUUAUUUGCAUUAGACUUAGAUUACUCUUGCUUGAGAGAGUUUAAGAUCGAGCUCAGAGCAGCGUGUAUCUUAAGGUUUCAGUCCGGCAAUUCACAUUACACCGAUUUCCGGUUUUCCAUACUCCUGCUUACGUUUUUUUCUUUCAGCAACGUGUCGAUGUCGACAAGGGCGAUGUGCCUAUUACAAUAUCCCCACCCAAACGUACUUCCACUGUCAAGAGUUCUAA